CCAGCUUCAUUCACUGCUUAUAACUGCUGGCGGUUUUGUGUUGUAGAGCCUGCAGAAGCUUGUCAAACUACAAUUUAUUUCCAAUUUUCUCACAAUGUUUCGUGUUGCUUUCCUGACACUUGCGUACCUGUGCAUCACCUGCGGCGCUACACCAGUCAAAGAAUGUCCAAAUAAACCAGCUCCACUUAGCGUUGACAUUCAAGACUGCCCGGAGCCGCCCUGUGUCGUCUACAAAGGUCAAUUUGCUAUUAUGGAUGUACAAUUCUUGGGUGACAAAAACAAUAUUGCGAGCAUUACGGCAAAAGUACAAGCAAGAGCAUUCGGCAUGAAUUUACCUUACGAUCUGCCCGAGGAAAUAUCCAAUGUGUGCAUAAAUCUAUUGUAUGGAGCCAUGUGCCCCAUUUACAAGGACGAGGAUGUUACGUACAGGUUCAAUUUUUAUGUGGAGCCCUUCUUUCCCGAAAUUACGGCCGACGUCACUGUUACACUGAACGAUGCCGAUGACAAUCCGAUUAGCUGCUUUAUGGUCAGCUGUAAGCUCCGCAAAGGCCCAUCAUCGCGACUCGAGCUAGAAGCGAUUGAUGGCGAUACGUUGAUUGAAUAGAGCCGUUGUACUAUACUACGCGACACUCGUGGACUAACUGAUUUGACCGUUUGGUCUUUUCAAAUAAAUAUUGAAUGCUUAACUUUGUUUACCACA